UCAAGAAUUUGAAACCGAACAAUUUCCUAACCUUUGGCGGAAAAGGAGAAUAAAUAUACUUGUUUUUUUACUGUCCGUUUAAUAACUUGUGAAGGUUUGCUUUGUUAUUUAAAAUUUACAUAAUCAUGAACUUCCCUGCAAAAACUCAAAGUAACACAACGCCAGGAGCAACCAUAAAUUUUGGUGUUCCAGCACCGAGCUUUAAUUUAGCUUCUAAUGCUCCUGCAACCACAUCUGCUGCUGGAACAUCUCUAUCUCUAGGUGGAGGAUUUGGGAUUGGAGCUUCCACAGCAACUACAACGUCGAUUACAACAAUGGGUACUGGUUUCAAUUUAGGUGCUACUGCAACUACAGCAUCAGGAUUUAGUUUAUCUAAUACAGCUGCUGCAACAACGCCAACCUUUAAUUUAAGCAGCUCAACUACAACAACAUCGAGUGGAUUUAAUUUAGGAGGAAGUAGCUCGUCGACGCCAAGUACAGGAUACAGUUUGGGAUAUGUAGCUUCGACGACAGUACCUACUGGCUUAACACUGACGAAAACUACUUCGUUGCCAGCGUCUACCACUAUUGCUGCCGCUAGCCAACCACAAACUUCUUUAGGCUCGGUAACAACCGUAACUACAUCAUCGGCGAGUAGGCCACCCGGUGCUAUCAAUUUUUGUCAAUUAGAGGAGUCAAUAAAUAAAUGGACCCUCGAAUUGGAAGAGCAAGAAAAAGUUUUUGUUAAUCAAGCUACACAAAUCAAUGCAUGGGAUAGAUUACUUAUAGGGAAUGGAGAAAAAAUUGUAAUUUUAAAUCAAGAAGUUGAAAGAGUUAAAUUAGAACAACAACAACUUGAGCAUGAAUUAGAUUAUGUUGUUGGCCAACAAAAAGAAUUACAAGACUGCUUGGUACCUCUUGAAAAAGAAUUAGCCUUACUGUCCGUAACUGAUCCUGAACGCGAGUACACAUAUCGCUUGGCCGAAAAUAUAGAUACACAAUUAAAACAGAUGUCGGAAGAUCUUAAAGAGAUUAUAGAACAUCUAAAUGAGGCAAAUCGUUCUCAGGACUCGAGCGAUCCAAUAGUACAAAUAGUGAAGAUUCUUAAUGCCCACAUGAACAGUCUACAGUGGCUUGUUCAGCAAACAAAUCUAUUAAACCAAAAAAUACAGCAAAUUAAUCAAAUGCAUCAGAGCUUUCGGCAAGAAAAUGAAAGGAGUUUUAACUUGGCUUACAAUUAACUUAUUCUGCUGUAUAUACCUUUACACCAUUUUUCCUCACUUAAUGUAAUACUAUUAAAUAAAUAAUGAAAU